CAGCAGCCUCUGACUUUUUCGUGCAUGGACAAGCUUAUCCAGUAGUUUGUCCUUUGGUUCGGAAGUCUGCUUGUUGUUGACGGCGUAUAUUUUUGGGGCUUCCACUUCCUCAGCAUUGCAGAACUGCCUAGUUCUGACCUCUCAGAGAGUGGAUGAACAAGACGUACCCUAGCCACGUGCAAAGCCUCCUCUGCGGACGUCAUGGCCAUAGUGCAGACCCUGCCCGUCUCCAUUGAGUCUGCCUCUGAAGGGGCUUCCCAGCUCCAUACAGGUGCCUGCUCGCCUCCUGCACCAAUGGGCAGUGUCAGUAGCCUCAUCUCAGGCAGGCCUUGCCACAAGGCCACAGCAGAGUUCGGCUCCUUCCGUCUGCCAGGAGGUGCUGGUUCCCAAGAGCCCCUGUGCCAUGGACUCCCUGCCAAGAAAGUUAGCUACCCUUAUGGUAGUGAAGAGGACUGGGCUGAAGCUGUAUCUCCUAUAAGCCCCUGUAGUGAUACUGAGGACCUGCAAGAUGACAAGCCCCAGGUUGGCACCAUCCGUGGACCUCCCCCCAAGCUGGUGCCUGUCUCGGGGAAACUUGAGAAGAACAUGGAGAAGACGUUAAUCCGCCCAACUGCCUUCAAGCCUGUCAUGCCCAAGAACCGUAAUCCCUCCGUGCAGGGGCACUUGGCGCUGCGUCCUGGUACUUCGGUUCUCUCUGAGAGCCAGGCUAGCCUUGCUCAGCUCUUUGGUGGCUCCUCCACAGGGAGUACUGAGAAACACAACUCCCUGAGCUGCCGCACAAGCUCUCAUUCAGGAACCAUGUCUGACUCGGGACACAACUCCCUCUCAAGCCUGCCCACAUACAGCACUGGUUGCAGCCAACAAAUGGAGCCGGUCAACAUCUCCAUGGGCCACAUAAACCUUGACAGCCAUGGCAGUAGCAGUUCACGGGGCCUCACUGGUCCUUCAAACUCAGACAGUGGCCGGUCAUCUUCAAGCAAGAGCACGGGCUCUCUGAGUGGCCGUGGGCACCCUUCCUCUGAUAGUGGCUCAUGUGGUGGGCGCUCACCUGUGCACAGUGGUGCUGAUGAAGCCCUUCUUGUUCAUGAACUUGAGGAGAAGCUGCGAGAACGGGAAGCUGAACUACAGCAUUUGAGAGAGAGCUUGGAUGAGAACGAGGUGGCCAUUUGCCAGGUAUAUGAGGAGAAGCAGAGGCGCUGUGAGGAGGAGAUGGAAGAGCUUCGGCAGGGCUACACAGUCAAGCUCCAGCAGGCAGCACAAAAAGCACAGCGCAGCCAGCAAGUGCUGCAGCUCCAGAUCUUCCAGCUUCAGCAGGAGAAGAAGAAACUCCAGGAGGAUUUUGCGCAGCUGCUGGCAGAGCGCGAGUUGCUGGAGAAACGUUGUGCUUCUUUUGAGCGAGAACAUACAGAGUUGGGGCCACGGUUGGAAGAGACCAAAUGGGAGGUAUGCCAGAAAUCAGGUGAGAUAUCGCUACUAAAACAGCAGCUGAAGGAGUCCCAGGCAGAGGUGGUCCAGCGGGGCAACGAGCUGGUGCUCCUAAGAGCUCAGGUGAGGGAAGCACGGGCUGAGCUGCAAGCUGGCGAGGAGCAGGUCCUGGGGUUGCAGGAGGUGGCCCACACCAAGGCUCUGGAGCUGGAAGUCUGUGCCAAUGAGCUGGCAAGGCGCAAGAGUGAAGCGGAGCUGCUGCGUGAGAAGUUGGGGCGCUUGGAGCGUGAGCUGGAUGGACUGCGUAGUGCCACUGGAGAUCUCUGCCCCCUGCUGGCUGAGUGUGAUGAGGCAAAAGCCCAGCGGCAGGCGGCAGACACCCUGCAUGGUUUGCGAGCCCAGGCUGAACGGCUGCGGGCAGAGCUGCUGUGUGAGCGGCGGCGUGGCGAGGAGCAACGGGAGGCUUUCCAUGCCGAGCGCAUUACUUGGCAGAGUGAAAAGGACCGGGUCAUCCGCUAUCAGAAGCAGCUGCAACAUAAUUAUAUCCAGAUGUACCAGCACAACCGCGACAUGGAACGCCAGCUGCGCCACCUCAGCCUCGAACUUGAGGCCCGGGACAUGGAUGAGUAUGAGAUGCAUGGCGGCGAAGGAAUCUGCUUUGAGGAGAUUGCUGCCACUGAGAUCUGAGUGUGCCUGGUGGAGGCCUGGGAAAGGGGCCACACUGCCAGAAAGAGGUUCUGGCAACCAAGAUUGGAGCAUGCUCAGUAGGGAGCCCAGCGGUGGAGGGCAUCACCUAAUGCACAAGCACAGUCAUGAGUCCCAGUGGGUAGCACUUGUACCAUCACAUAACAUAGUUGGGGACCCAGUUCGAGAGGACCCUACCCAGCUCAAAAACAUUCACUGCCACUGAGACGUGCCUAGGGCCUGCAGGCGGCUCGCUUUGCUCCCCAGGAGCAUGGGGCCUGACAAAAGAUAUACUCCUCCUCUCCUUGGAAGGAAGGUAGCAGCAGCUCUGUUCCUCCUGGGCUCUGCAUACUUUGGGAAGCAGCACUUGAUAGUGCUGUAGCCCUCCAGGUUGCAGUUGCUACACAGUCUCCUACUGUAGUGGUGCACACCAUCACUUGCCUCCUCUUCAUGGGCUGGAGAUAGGCUUUAAGGCAGAGUGGGUGGGAGGGCUUUGGUUGGCCGUCAUUUCCAAAGUGACCCCAAUUGGUCUCCAUUGGCUGGCCAUUAAACAGAGUUGACUUGUAAGUGUGUUAAUGGCCAGUUAGUUGCGGAUCCACUUAGUUGAUGGAAGGGAAUUAGCAUGACCUCCUUUGAGGCCUGCUGGGUAGACAAGAUUUUAUUUUAUUUUUUAACAGGAUGCUGUUCUCUGACCUUCAGUCCAGUCCUGUGUAAAACAGAACCAAAUUUUUAAGAAGUUCUGGGCCAAGAAAAGCUGAAUUCUGUAUCCCAUGUAGAUUAUACAAAUAAAACAGGUUUCCAUAUAUUUAUUUUGCAUCAUUAGUACAGCUUCCAGUCUGUUUGGUUGGAUCCAGACUAAAUUUCCCACUUACAGAAGUGGCGUAAUUUCUGCCAGUUUCCUCUUUCCACUUUAGACCUUCAGUUCGUGGGCAGAGUGAAGAAGAAGUGAAGAGAUUGGAUUUAUACCCCACC